GGGUGGAGGAACACACUUGGUUAAGCAGCAUCUUCGGUGCUCUGAUCUGAGGAAGUCAGAGACUCCUCCAAAGCCUGGGUGAAAGAACAUCUACGCAGUGUCUUUUUACAGGCACUGUCACAAGGGGUGGGGGGGAAGGGCACAGCCACCUGGAGUGCUAUCGUCCCUUUCUUGGACCUAAGAGACAACAGAUGCAAUGGACUGGCUUCCUUACAGAACAGCUGCUGUGCUGUUCAUUUUAACGGUAUCCUUGGAGUUCAGCACUGCUGCUUUUCAUGUUCAGGUGAAAGAAUGGGAUGAAAAAGGUAUGGAGAGAUGGAAAAGCCACCACAGGCAGAAACGAGAAUGGAUUAAAUUUGCUGCAGCCUGUAGAGAAGGGGAAGAUAAUUCAAAGAGGAAUCCAAUUGCAAGGAUCCGAUCAGAUUGCGAAGAAACUCAGUCACUUAUAUACAGAAUCUCCGGAGUAGGAAUUGAUCAGCAUCCUGUUGGAGUGUUUAUCAUUAAUCAAAAGACGGGGGAAAUUAAUAUAACAAAAAUAGUAGACCGAGAGGAGACGCCAAUGUUUGUUAUUAAGUGCUUUGCUAUAAAUGUUGUGACCGGACAGUCAGUGGAAACGCCACUUGACCUUCGAGUUCGCAUUCUGGAUGUAAAUGACAAUUCACCCAUAUUUACACAAACAGUGUUUUCAGGGUCAAUUUCAGAGAGCAGCAUGGACAACACAUUGGUGAUGAAAAUAACUGCUACAGAUGCAGAUGAGCCAAAUAACCUGAAUUCCAAAAUUGCCUUCAAGAUUGUGAGUCAAAAUCCUGGAGGUCCAUCAAAGUUUAUUUUGAACAAACAGACUGGAGAACUUCACAUUGCAAAUAUCCUUGACAGAGAGGAACAUGGAAGCUACAGUCUGGUUGUGAGAGCCACAGACAGGGAUGGAGGUCCAGAUGGAAUAUCAUCUGAAUGUUCAUGCGAGGUUUCUGUAACUGAUGUAAAUGAUCAGUUUCCAACUUGUGCACAGAGCUCGUACGCAAUUACCAUUGUAGAAAAUACACUCAAUCAAGAGGCUCUGAGAAUACAAGUUUUUGAUUUAGAUCAAGAGUACACAGAUAAUUGGUUUGCAGAAUUUUAUUUUAUCUCAGGAAAUGAAAAUGGCAACUUUGACAUAGUCCUGGACCGAGCAACUAACGAGGGUAUCCUGAGAGUUAUAAAGGAAAUUAACUAUGAAGAAUUUUCAAGCAUACCACUGCGUAUUGGUGUGCGAAACAUAGCUCCUUUCCAUUCUUCAGUGGCUUCACAAUAUCAAUAUUCAGCGGCUUCUCAGGGGACCCAAAUUACAGUACAAAUAUCCAAUGUAAUAGAAGGGCCAACAUUUCAACCAACUUCAAUUAAAGUGUCUGCACCUGAAAGCUUAACAACUACAACUAUACUUACCUAUGACGUUGGAACAUUCCAAGCUAUCGACCAAGAUACUGGGAAAAUUGCCACUAACGUCCGCUACGUCAUGGGACGUGAUCCAGCCGCCUGGUUUCGUGUCAACCCAACAACUGGCGCCAUCUCUUUCAACAAAGUGAUUGAUCGGGAAUCAAUCUAUGUAGUCAAUGGGGUAUACUCUGCAGAGCUGCUAGCUAUUACUAAAGACAGUCCUUUCACAACAGCCACUGGUACCAUUGUGCUUACUAUUGAUGAUGUCAAUGACAACUGCCCUACUGUAACAGACGAAAUCAGAAAAGUAUGUGUGGACAAUCCAACAGCGGUAAUCACAGCUCACGAUCUAGAUGGCCAUCCAUAUGGUCCACCUUUUAAAUUUUCAAUAGUGGCACAGUCUCCAGGAAGUUCGUGGAACAUCAGAAUAGUGAAUGAUACCUCAGCAGCACUGUUCUCCCAGGAUAUAGAAUUUGUCAUUCAUGAGGUCCAAGUUAGAGUGGUCGACAACAGUGGCAAAAGCUGUGAUAGGCCACUGGUUAUUCCUUUGCAAGCCUGUCAUUGUGACCGCAAUGGGAUGUGUGUCAAGUCUGCCAUUCGAAGAAUCACUGUUACUAUUAUUGGUGGUGGUGCUGGUGGAGGAGGUGGAGGUGGUGGUGGUGGUGGUGGUGGAGGAGGAGCAAUAGGAGGAGGUGGAACAGGCAUUGGUGGAGGUGGCCAGGGAGGAAGCACAGGGGGAGGAACUAGUGGAGGAGGAACCGGUGGAGGAGGAACUGGCUGGGGAGGAAGCACAGGGGGAGAAACUGGCUGGGGAGGAAGCACAGGGGGAGGAAGCACAGGGGGAGGAACUGGUGGAGGAGGAACUGAUGACGGAACAGGAGGAGCUGGUGGUGGCACUGGUGCUGGUAUUGAUUAUGGUGGCGGUGGUAUGAUUGACGGUGGCACUGGUGGUUAUGGUGGUUAUGAUGGAUAUGGUGGUUAUGGUUGGGACAGACAAGGAGGCGCAGAAACUACACUUAGUGCUACAGCCAUUGGCCUGAUGUUCCUCGGAGGACUAAUAUUUGUGUUGGUUCCAAUUCUGAUGUCACAGAGUGACUGUUGCGGCUAUUGUGGAUCUGGUCCUACUGGUGGUGUUGGGGCUGGAUUUGAGCCUGUGCCUGAAUGUUCAGAAGGAGCUAUUCAUUCGUGGGGAAUUGAAGGAGCACAGCCUGAAGACCGGGACGUUUCAAAUAUUUGUGGGCAAGUGGCAAAUACAGGCAUGGGCGACUAUGGUGACUCCUCAGAUAUCUAUGCAACUAAGUAUAAAGGUGGGGUGAGUACAGGAGUUGAAGAAACAAUCGGACUCGGAGCAGUUAAAGGCUAUGGAACGAAUGUUGAUUAUGGAACUACUACAGGCUAUGGAACAACAGGAAGAAAAGAAGCAUAUGGAGGGACCAUAAAAGAAUACAGAGAGAGUGGCGUGAAUAUGGCUUUCUUGGACAGCUAUUUUUCAGAGAAAGCGUUUGCCUAUGCCGAUGAAGACGAAGGCAGACCUGCAAAUGACUGUCUCCUGAUAUAUGAUCAUGAGGGUAUAGGCUCUCCUGUUGGUUCCAUUGGCUGUUGCAGUUUUAUUGGCGAUGAUCUGGAUGACACCUAUCUAGACACACUGGGACCUAAGUUUAAGACCUUGGCAGAAAUCUGCCUGGGUGUGCAAAUUGAGCCAUUCCCAGAUACUGACUCAAAUUGGCCAUCUUUGCCCAAUCCUGAUCUCGAUAUAAGCCUGCCACCGCCUGGAACUACCAUUGUUGUUAAUACAUCUUCAACUAUGACUCCACCUCCUCCUGUUGGCAGCACAACGGUUGUUACUGAAAAUACCUACACGACUACUUCUGCUGUACAGCCUCCAAGGCCUGAUCCUAUGCUCCAAGGCAACGUAGUGGUGACUGAGACAUAUACAACAGGGCCAACAAUGAAACCUCCUACAAUGAAUGUCGAUCCUCUGUAUGGAUCAAAUGUUGUGGUAACAGAAAGGGUGCUUGAUCCUACCUCGGUCACUGAUUUGCAUGGCAUGAUAGAUAUUCCAGAGCUACCAGAUGGGUCCAAUGUGGUGGUCACAGAAAGGGUGAUUGCUCCAAAUGCAAGGAUACCCCCUUCCAUGAGUAUUCCUGAUCUGUCUGAGGGGUCAAAUGUAGUGGUGACAGAAAGAGUGAUUCGACCUGUCGCAGGCAUGCAGGGAAAUUUGAGCAUUCCUUCUGAGUUAUCAGGUGGACACAAUGUGGUUGUUACUGAAAGAGUAAUGUCAGGGGCAGGAAUGAGUGGAGGCGUUGGCGGAAUGAGUAGCAUUCCUUCUGAGUUAUCAGGUGGACGCAAUGUGGUUGUUACUGAAAGAGUAGUGUCAGGGGCAGGAAUGAGUGGAGGCAUUGGCAACAUGAGUGGCAUCACAGGUCAAAUGCUGAGUCCUGAUAAUCUCCUUAGCCAAACAAUGGGAUCCGCUUCUCCUGGUACGAGUCGAAGGCGGGUGACAAAAUACAGCACUAUUCAGUAUUCGAAUCAAUAAGGCCUCUUGCAAUUACAUAUUGCUGCAAAACUCCCUUUUUUAAAGAGAGAGAUUUGCUACUGAACAAUGUUAUUAUUUAUACAUAGCAAAUCACAUGGGGGUGGGGAAGAGGCUUGCCUGAAAACCUCUUAAAGCUAUGCAGACCGAAAAGGAAAUGCAGAAUCUCUGCCAAUAUAAGACAACUCUGGCACCCCGCGCCCCCUUCCCCAAAUCCACAAAUGGCAGUGA